GGGGUCAGAGUGCGCGGAGGUGAGUCGGUGUGUUGUGGACUCGUGGUGCUGGCUGCUGCUUUGAGGCGGCCGGGAACGGGCGGUGGGGAGCGGGCGGAGCUGGCCCUGCCUCAGCCCGGCCGGCGCCUCAGUCGGCGCGGGCUGCGCCCGUCGCCGUAAACUGCCCUGAGCGCCUGCUGAGGCCGAGGGAGACGUCGGGGCCUGCACCUGGAGGGAGCCUGCCGCGCUGGCCCCAAGGAGCGGGCGUUGCCAUGGCGACAGCCUCUCCUGCUGCUGACGGGGGGCGGGGGCGGCCCUGGGAAGGAGGACUGGUCUCCUGGCCCCCUGCCCCUCCCCUUACUCUCCCCUGGACUUGGAUGGGCCCGAGUUGGGGGCAACACCCCGGGCAUUGGGGCUUUCCUGCUCUCACAGAACCUUCAGCAUCCCCAGCUACCAGCCUUGGCAUCUUCGAAGUAAGGAGAGUUUUAGAUGCUUCUGGAUGUUCAAUGCUAGCACCUUUGCAGACUGGAGCAGCUCGAUUUUCUUCAUAUUUACUUUCAAGAGCAAGAAAAGUGCUGGGCUCCCACUUAUUUGCUCCCUGUGGUGUUCCGGAGUUCUGCUCCAUAUCCACCAGAAAGCUGGCGGCCCACGGCUUUGGCGCAUCCAUGGCGGCAAUGGUGUCCUUCCCUCCCCAGAGGUAUCACUACUUUUUAGUGCUGGACUUUGAGGCCACGUGCGACAAGCCACAGAUUCAACCUCAGGAAAUCAUCGAGUUCCCCAUCCUGAAGCUAAAUGGCCGGACCAUGGAGAUUGAGUCUACUUUUCACAUGUAUGUCCAGCCCGUAAUCCAUCCACAGCUUACUCCCUUCUGCACAGAGCUCACCGGGAUUAUUCAAGCCAUGGUGGAUGGUCAGCCAAGCCUGCAGCAAGUGCUGGAGAGGGUCGAUGAGUGGAUGGCGAAGGAAGGCCUCUUAGAUCCAAACGUCAAGUCAAUUUUUGUCACCUGCGGAGACUGGGACUUAAAAAUCAUGCUCCCCGGCCAGUGCCAGUACUUGGGCUUGCCAGUGGCAGAUUACUUCAAGCAGUGGAUUAAUCUGAAAAAGGCUUACAGCUUCGCCAUGGGCUGCUGGCCCAAGAAUGGACUUCUAGACAUGAACAAGGGCCUCAGCCUGCAGCACAUAGGCCGGCCCCACAGCGGCAUUGAUGACUGCAAGAAUAUUGCCAACAUCAUGAAGACACUUGCAUAUCGAGGCUUCAUCUUCAAGCAGACCUCGAAGCCGUUCUGAUUGGCCAAGGAUGGGAUGGGGCAGUACAGGAUAGCUGCUUGGCCCAGCCCAGAACCCUCCUCUCCCUCACCAGAGGAAAAAAGGGAGAGUGGCACAGCUCUACAUCAAGUGACCCCCAGCCUUCCCUGUGGGCCUGUGCCCUAGGUAAGGGCUUGGCCACUUGGUCCCUCUGGAGCAGAUACAUUGUGCCCCCCCCAUCCCCACCCAACCUCAGCUCAGUAUUAGCCCCUCCCACUAUGGGCCUGGGCUAGGGGGACCCAGGUACUCACUGCCUCCUCCCCGGUACACAGGCUUCUGCUGGGACCACCAAGCCCCCUGUGCCCCCUCCCAUCCAUAGUGCAUGGUGUGUGGUGCCCCCAGGGCUCCAGGACAGAUCGGGCCCACCUUGUGUCUACCCCAUCCCCACUGUGAACGUGCCACUGAAUAAAGUCGGGGAAACAAGGCCCUUGA